AUGGAAAAUCAAAACGUGACUACAGAAUUUAUACUUUUGGGACUUUCAAGUAAUCCAGAAAUACAGAUACUUCUUUUCUUUGUAUUUUUAAUUAUCUAUACAAUAACAGUGUUAGGAAAUGUUUUGAUAAUAUUGAUAAUCAGGACUGAUCAUCACCUCCAUACACCCAUGUUCUACUUUCUCAGUCAUCUAGCCUUUGUUGACAUUUCCUACUCAACAGUCACUGUCCCAAAGAUAAUGGCAAAUUGUAUAGCAAACCAAAAAUCAAUAUCUUUGGUAGGCUGCAUUGUGCAAAUCUUUUCCAUUAUCAAUUUUGCUUGUGUAGAUUUCUCCCUGCUCUCUGUAAUGGCAUAUGAUCGCUAUGCUGCAAUAUGCAACCCAUUACAUUAUUCAACAAUUAUGAGAAAACAAAUAUGCAGACAGCUGGUGGGAGGAUCCUGGAUAAUGGGAUUCUUAGAUGCUUUGAUCAAUACUUAUCCUUUGAAACAUUUAAGAUUUUGUUGGAUGCCUUCAAUCAAUCACUACACUUGUGAACUUCCUGUGAUCUUAAGCUUGUCAUGUAGCCAUACUUUUAAUAAUUAUAUAUUGUUGAUUGCCACAAGCAUUAUUUUUGGUUUUAUACCCUUGUUUCUUAUUAUUUUGUCUUACAUUUAUAUUAUUUCUUCUAUUUUACACAUUCAUUCAGCAAAAGGCAGGAGCAAAGCCUUCUCCACAUGCAGCUCCCACCUCAUUGUAGUUUGCAUGUUUUUAUUUUCAGUUGUUUUCCGAUACCUCAAACCAAAUUUUAAAUCUCCCACAGAUCUGGAAAAAGUGAUCUCUAUCCAAUACACUAUAUUAACACCUAUGUUGAACCCAAUCAUAUAUAGCCUUAAAAAUAAAGAAAUUAAAGUAGUCAUUAGAAACAGUUUAAAAAACAUAGGCAAUAUUUCCAUAUAG